CUGGAGGCCUGCAGUCCGCGCGGCCACGGGGAGGGACGAGAGGGCCUGACGUACAGAUUACAAGCGCCAUGGCUAUGGCUAGUGUUAAAUUGGUUGCUGGUGUUUUAAGAAAGCCAGAUGCCUGGAUUGGACUCUGGGGUGUUCUCCGAGGGACACCUGCGUCAUACAAACUCUGUACUUCCUGGAAUCGAUACUUGUAUUUUUCUAGUACCAAGUUACGUGCACCAAAUUAUAAAACACUUUUUUAUAGUAUUUUCUCACUGAGACUCCCAGGACUUUUACUAUCUCCAGAAUAUAUUUUUCCUUUUUCCAUAAGACUCAAAAGUAAUAUAAGCUCUACAAAAUCUACUAAAAAGUCUCUGCAUAAAGUAGAUGAAGAGGACUCUGAUGAAGAAAGCGAUCAUGACGAGAUGAGUGAGCAGGAAGAGGAGCUUGAGGAUGACCCUACUGUAGUCAAAGACUAUAAAGACCUGGAAAAAGCAGUGCAGUCUUUUCGGUAUGAUGUUAUCUUGAAGACGGGGCUAGAUAUUGGGAGAAACAAAGUGGAAGAUGCAUUCUACAAAGGUCAACUCAGACUGAAUGAGGAAAAAUUAUGGAAGAAAAGCAGAACGGUGAAAGUGGGAGAUACAUUGGAUCUUCUCAUUGGAGAGGAUAAAGAAGCAGGAACAGAGACAGUUAUGCGGAUUCUCUUGAAAAAAGUGUUUGAAGAGAAGACUGAAAGUGAAAAAUACAGAGUGGUGUUACGGCGGUGGAAAAGUUUAAAGUUGCCUAAGAAGAGAACAUCUAAAUAAAUGGAUUGCUUUUUAGCAAUAAAGCUGCUUUCUAGUGGUAGAGGAAGGGGUCACCUGAAAAAGAGGACAUUUUUAUUAAAAUAAAGUUCUCUUAGCGUGUGUGGAAUCUG